AUUAACUCUAGCCCUUACAGGCUAAUUCUCAUAUCCCGAUCAACCCAUCUCUAAUAAUCUGUGUAGCAUCAGUCUUACCGGGAAAGAUUCAGCAUGUCUGACCUGGUAACUUGCUUCAUGGCGUCUGCCCGGGAGAGGGGAGCAUGGCCUCUGAGCUCACUUCCUCUUCCUCCCAGCAUUCUAUUCUGUUUACUCCGCCCGCCUAUGUUUUAACCUAUGAGGGCCAAGCAUUUUCUUUAUUAUAAUUAACCAAUGACCUUCCUCCAUCAUCUGAUGGCUAAGGAUGUUGGACAUUUCCUUACAUGUCUUUCAGCCAUUUUAGAUUCCUCUGUUGAGAGUUCUCUGUUUAGGUCUGUACUCCAUUUUUUUUUUAAUUGGAUUAUGUGAUCUUUUGUUGUCCAAUUUCUUGAGUUCUUUGUAUAUUUUGGAGAUCAGCCCUCUGUCUGAUGUGGGGUUAGUGAAGAUCUUUUCCCAUUCUGUAGGCUGUCGUUUUGUCUUGUUGACCGUGCAGGAUCUUACUUUUUAAUUACAAAUAGAACCUUACCUGGCAAGAGCUUACCACAGGACAAACUGGAACUUGUCCUUAACUGUCUUAGCUGAAAACAGAACCCUUAACCUGCAAGGUCUAUUUUCCUGGUUUGGUCUUCCAUUAACUUGUCAGGUAUAUCAUUCCCAUUUUGGUCUUAUGCCACUGAGUAGCCCAUACUGGCCAGUGAACCCAGAGAUCUGGCAGUCUCUGACUCCCCAUUGCUAGAAUUAUAAGCAUGUACUAUCAUGCCCUGCUUUGUUUUCAUUUUAUAUUAUUAUUAUUACUAUUAUUAUUAUUGGAGGUGGGUGCUCAUGUCAGAGGACAACUUCAUUGGGUUGCACCUUUCCAUGGACUCUGGGGAUCAAAGUCAGGCCAUGAGAGCUGAACAUCAAGCACCAGCUGAACCAUCUUUCCACACCUGACUCCCCACCACCACACACAACUUUUUUUCCUUUCAUGUGGCUAUUGAGGAUUGAACUAAUUAGGGUAAAGACCCUUGCAAAAUAACCACUUUACCAACUGGGCCAUCAUCCCAGCCCCAAGAACAAGGACUUGACAACGAGCCUAUUCAGAAAGAGACAGAGAGACAGAAAGACAGAAAAAGACAGUGAGGCAGAGACAGAACACAAGAGUUCCCUGAAAGGGAGGGGUGCCCCUGUUCUGGUGCCAAGAGUUGCAGUGGGAUUUAAACCCAUUAACUGUCUUACAAGCCCUGGCUCGCUAGGAGCCUGAUAGCAUGCUCUUGUCCCUAGGAGGGUGGGUGAGGCAUUCGCUGGUGCGUGAUGUGGGUGAGGGCCAAGGGCUUUGGGGCAGAAACAGAAGCUUUGAGGUGUGAGCAAUGAACCCAAGCCCUCAAACCUGCAGAACCGCACCUUCCAAGUGACCCUGGGCCUGCUGAGUGCUUGCACAGCUCAGCAUCCUAGAAGCAAGAAUCCACAAUACUUGUAUGUUAUCUGGAAAUCCGACCUGAGAGUAUGUCUGCGCACAAGUGUGCAGGAGCCCAUGGAGGCCAGAAGGGGGCAGCAGAUCCGCCGGAGCAGGAGUUCAGAUGGUUGUGAGUUGCCUUGUGGGUGCUGGGUUAAAACAGCUGUGUUCUCAACCACCGAGCCUUCUCCCCAGUCCUGGAUGCUUCUCUGUGAAGCCUUCUAUGGUCCUUGGAUGCGAGCGAGUCUCAGAAACGUUACUGGCUGGUGCUGCUCCAGUCACAGUUUCAGAGAAACUAAGGAAGUUGACCCUUGAUGGUGGCCGUGUGUGGAGCACCUGAGUGUGGAUGAGCACCUGAGCAUGAACACCACCACUUCUCUCGCUUAUGGAUGAGGCUGAGAGAGGAGGUGACCAGAUAAAAGCGAGGCUGUUUGUGAUAGAUACAUGGUCUCAUAUAAUUCUCCUGAAUUUGGCUUCAGAGAUUAAAAAGGAAAAAAAAAAAAACCACCUUGUUUGAACAGGAGUUUCUCUUCCUUCAAUCCACGCCAGCUUAAAGCAUACUCCACCCUUCCUUUCCCUCCUCUGCUCUCCAAAGUGGCUAGAUAGGAGGUGACAGACCAGCGCUCCCUGGCCCAAAUACCUGCACACGGAGGCCACGUGACUUCUCUGUCAGAGACUUGCUUUCCCACAGGCUUCUGGGAUCCAGCCAGGCACCAUGAAGAUCUGGUGUGAGAGAUUGCAUCCUUGCGCUCAGGGGGUCCUGCUUUUGGCUGUGCUGACCUCUCUCUUCAUUCUGCCUUCCUUCAUCAAGGAGCCCAGCACAAAGCCUUCCAGGUACCAGUUUAAAGAGAAAAACAAGGAAGAAAAGUCUCAGGAGAUGCUUCAAAAGGCAGCACUCCACAGACUCAACAUAGAGCUGCCACUGAGACCUCGAGACAAGGAGAUGACCCCUGUCAGGACAGGAGCUCUGGGCCUGAAGAAUCAGGGCGGAAUGGCAGCCAGAGGAGAGGGGGAGGAGAAGAGGAAAGAUCAGGGCAAGGAAGAGCCUGCGGCAAAGACUCCUGUUCCAGAAAGUAGGGGCAGGACAUUGGCAACUACAGGAGCAGUGCUGAAAGAGCAGAGGAAGAGGCCAAGGGCCACAACAGCUGUUCCAGCCAAGGAGAAGGCGGCCCAGGUCAACCCAUCCCCGGCCUCUUUCCCACGACCCACCACCAAAAGAAGUCAAAGGCUGAAAGCCUCUGACUUCAAGUCUGAGCCUCGGUGGGAUUUUGAGGAAGAAUACAAUUUGGAUAUGGGGGGCCUGCAGACGACAUGCCCAGACUCUCUGAAGAUCAGGGCCUCCAAGUCACCGUGGCUAAAGAAUAUCUUUCUGCCCAACCUCACUCUCUUCCUGGACGGUGCCCACUUCACCCAGAGCGAGUGGGACCGUCUAGAGCACUUUGCACCGCCCUUUGGCUUCAUGGAGCUCAAUCAGUCCUUGGUCCAGAAGGUGGUGACCCGCUUCCCUCCGGUACCCCAGCAGCAGCUGCUCCUGGCCAGCCUCCCCUCGGGGAGCUCCAGGUGUAUCACCUGUGCCGUGGUGGGCAACGGGGGCAUCCUGAACGAUUCGCACGUGGGCCAGGAGAUAGACAGCCAUGACUAUGUUUUCCGACUGAGUGGAGCCGUUAUUAAAGGCUAUGAACAGGAUGUGGGGACCCGGACGUCCUUCUACGGCUUCACUGCCUUCUCCCUGGUCCAGUCAAUCCUCAUACUGGGCAGUCGGGGUUUCCAGCAUGUGCCUCUGGGAAAGGAUGUCAGGUACCUACACUUCCUGGAGGGCACUCGGGACUACGAGUGGCUAGAAGCGAUGUUUUUGAACCAGACCAUGGCAAAAACCAAACUUCACUGGUUCAGGCACAGGCCCCAGGAAGCUUUCCGGGACGCCUUGGACAUGGACAGAUACCUAUUGCUGCACCCAGACUUUAUCCGUUACAUGAAGAACAGGUUUCUGAGGUCAAAGACCCUAAACACUGCCCGCUGGAGAAUAUACCGCCCCACCACUGGUGCCCUCUUGCUGCUGACGGCCCUUCAUCUCUGUGACAAGGUGAGUGCCUAUGGCUUCAUCACCCAGGGCCACAAGCGCUUCUCUGACCACUACUAUGAUAAGUCGUGGAAACGGCUGAUCUUUUACAUAAACCAUGACUUCAGCUUAGAGAAGACAGUCUGGAAGCGGCUGCAUGAUGAAGGCAUCAUCCGGCUGUACCAGCGCCCAGAGCUCCCGGAAGAGAAGAACUGAGCAGCUCGGCUUCAGGAGUCUCCUGGAUCGUACACCACAGGGUGUCAGGGUUCCUCAGCUGUCCCCACCCAUCUCCCAGGACUCAAGCAGGCUCCAAGCCCUUGGAGAGUCCCAAGGAACAGCUGUGAGGAGCCCAAGGGUUGGGAGUCCUCUGGGAAGUCAUUACUAGCUCAAAGCACACACAUAGACACCAACAGUUCAUUUCAGGUUACUUUUCAAAUUCUGUCUUCAGGACUCUGGGACCUAAAAUAACACUAAAACAAACAAACAAACACCCCAGCAACAGCAAAACCUUCUUUUAGACAAGAUAGUGCAGGAGCGAUUCCAGCCGACAGGGGGAGGCAGCGGAGCGCUAGAGCGCUCAUUGCCUCUCUUUGUGGAGGGAAGAGGAGUCACAUGACAAGUGUGAAUGGGGGGGGGGUAUUUGGCCUGCUUUGGAGUAAUUUCUCUGGGCAGCGCUUCUGCAGAGCAGAGCCCAGGGCUCCAAAGUACAACCGGGUGCAGGGAUGGGCAGGACGAAGUAGCCUAGAGCAAUGCAAGCAGCGAGGGCUGCCGAGAUGCAGCUGGGCAGGACAGGCAGCAUUGCCCCAAAGUGGCCUCCAAGGAGGAUGCCUGAAGGGUGCAUCUGCCCGGGGUCGCUCCUUUCCCUGUGUCCUGUUCUGGACAGCUCUCCGACUAGCAGGUGGUUUUGGGAGAGGGUGCUGCGGCAACCACCCCCGCCACUUCUCAGGUCUGCAGAGCGACAGUUGCUGCCCCUGCUGCCCUGUCACCACAGCUCUGCAGGGGUGGUGUCCACAUUUACCGAAGAGGAGAGAAGACUACACAGGUGCAGGAAAGUCCUUUGCCCAAGUUUGUCCCAAGUCCAAGUCGGCCCCAGGUCAACUCAGCCUAGUUUCGGCUCAUUUAGUGGCUUCACUCUGCCUACAUCGUACGGUCAACCCCUCUGGAGGAGCAGAGAGGACUGGGGUGCAAGCUUGCCCAGCAGGCACAACGUCUAGGCCCCAACCCAACACCGGAAAGAAAAGAAGUUUGGAGUAGUAAUAAUAACAACCAGGGCUACAGAGAAAGCUCAGCGGUUAAGAGCACAGGCUACUCUUCCCCAGGACCUGACUUUGGAUCCCAGCACCCAGUUAGGCAGCCACAGCUGCUGGGAACUCCAGCCCCAGGGGAUCCGCAGCCUCCUUCUGUGUUUUGUGGCACUUGCACUCACGUGUACAUUCCCAUACAAGGACACACGUGGACACACAAUUAAAAAGAUAAACCUUGGGGGGCUGGAGAGAUGGCUCGGAGGUUUAGAGCACUUGACUACUCUUCCAGAGGUCCUGAGUUCAAUUCCCAGAAACCACAUGAGAUUCAUAGCUAUCUACAAUGAGAUCUGUACCCUCUUCUGGUGUGGAGGCAUACAUGUAGGCAGAACACUGUAAACAUAAUAAAUAAAUCUUUAGAAAACAAAAAUAAAAAAUAAAUCUGAUGCAAUAUAUGGACCUGCCUCAAUAACCCCACAUCAGAUAGAAAUCUGAUCUCCAAAAUAUACAAAGAACUCAAGAAAUUGGUCACUAAAAGAACACAUAAUUCGGCCGGGCGGUGGUGGCGCACGCCCUUAAUCCCAGCACUCGGGAGGCAGAGGCAGGCGGAUCUCUGUGAGUUCGAGACCAGCCUGGUCUACAGAGCUAGUUCCAGGACAGGCUCCAAAGCCACAGAGAAACCCUGUCUCGAAACAAACAAACAAACAAAACAAACAAACAAACAAAAAAGAACACAGAGUACAGAUCUAAACAGAGAACUCUCAACAGAGGAAUCUAAAAUGGCUGAAAGACACUUAAGGAAAUUUUCAACACCCUUAGUCAUCAGAGAAAUGCAAAUCAAAACAACUCUGAGAUUCCAUCUUACACCUGUAAGAAUGGCCAAGAUCAAAAAUACUGAUGACAACUUAUGCUGGAGAGGUUGUGGGAAAACGGGAACACUCCUGCAUUGCUGGUGGGAAAGCAAGAUGGUACCGCCUCUCUGGAUGUCAGUGUGGCGAUUUCUCAGAAAAUUAGGAACAACCUUCCUCAAGACCCAGCAAUACCACUUUUGGGUAUAUGUCUAUAAUGAGCAUGGAAACAGAGUCCUCUGAAUGAAUAAAUAAAGAAAAAUCUGUAGUGUAG